GCUGAGCCUGACAUAGCUGGGAUUGGGUUCUUUCGGCGGUUCCGGUAUCCGCGCUGCUUACUUGGCUUACGACUCUCGGUUGUCUUCUACUUAGGCCUCGCGAGAAAGAAAAGAGACUAAACAAGAUCGACGAGUGGUGGACGAGGAAUAUCUGCAAUCUAAUACGUAGAUCUGUACCGAAUCCCGAUGUCUGGGCUGGAUGCUUCUAUCGUGUCACCCUGACCUUGAAUGACCAGCAGUUGGUUAUGGGAAUCGCGAUCUUGAUGGCAGCGGUCAUACUCAGAGGCAAAGGCACGAUCGUUGCACUCCAUUCCUCCAUUGUUAGGGAUUUGGCUUUUUCCUCGUCUAAUGCUCAUCUGCUCAGUCUCCUCACGCUAUGGAGCUCAUUGGGCAGCUGGCGCAGCAAGCCCGACCGAAAGAAGAAUGGCAGGCGACUUCUCGUUCCACUGGUCACCAUCUGGCGACUUUUCUGUAUGAUGGUGUUGUUUAGCUUAUUGAUGGCUGCAGUAUGGAUAACCGCAUACCACUUUUGGGAUGAUUGGGCCAGAUGUCCUGCUCGAUGUAUCCCAAAAGGCACGGAGAGUUUCCGCGACACGCCAUUUCACUGGGCUAUUGCAUCAACGUACUUCCUUAUUACACAGUACGGUUCGUUCAUGAUGCUCUCCAGUGAGCAGUUUUGGGGUCACUUCAAGGCGCUCCGUGAUAAGUGCCACACGCACAGUAAGAGUGUACAAGAUUCAGGCUGUCGUCCUUGGAUUUGGACGCAUGUGGUACUGCGUUGGUCACGGUAUUUGUAUUUCUCGGGGGCUCUGGACUUUGAUCGAGGUGUUGGCAUGGUUUAUUGCGAACUGCGUAUUCAUCUUCAAGAACCGUGCAGCCAGUGAAGAGGUUUUUGGGGUUUCGAUUGAAGGCAGGAGAGAGCGCGAUACGGAAGGCGAGAUGAGCUUCGGCCAGAUCAUUCCAGUCUUGUUGCUGUUACUUCCGAUCAUGACUUUUGUCAGUGGUUACUAUG